UCAGGGCGGGGAAGGUGGAGGCGGCGCGCUGCGAAGUUGGCACUCGGCGCUCGGCGAAGUUGGCGCCUAGAGCACAGCCACACCAUGGGGUCCCACAAUUUGGAGUUGGUGUUUGACCGCGUGGGGCACUUCGGAAGAUUCCAGAUAGUCCUCUAUUUUAUAUGUGCCUUCCAGAUCAUUUCUUGUGGUAUCCAUUAUUUGGCUUCUGUGUUCAUGUUAUUCACUCCUCAUCAUACCUGCAAGCCCCCAGGCAAUGUGAGUCAGAUUCUUUCCUACGAUCUCUCUACUUGGAAUCUGGAGAACAUGUUUGCCAUGUUGACCCCGGCCCAGAAAAAUAAUGUUACAGUACAGCUGCACAACGGUGAGAUCUGGGAACUUUCGAAGUGUACCAGGGUCCAGAAGGAGAACACGUCACAGUUCAAAGGUAGAUACAGCAGUGGGAAGACUGACCUUCUGUGCUUGGAUGGCUACAUAUAUGACCGUAGCCAGUGGAAAAGCACUGUGGUGACUGAGUGGAAUCUAGUCUGUCACAGAAGAUGGUUUGCACAACUGAUCCAGCCCGGAUUUAUGUUGGGAGUCAUGCUGGGAUCACUGAUAUUUGGCUACCUUGCUGACAGGCGAGGAAGACGACCGGUCCUGUGGUCCACAGGCAUUGGCAUGUUUUUGUUUGGAAUAACUGUGGCAUUUACAACUGAUUAUUACAGCUUCAUGGGUGCUCGCUUUUUUCUUGCCAUGAUGACAAGUGGCUACGUUGUGGUGGUGUUUGUCUAUGUGACAGAGAUCAUUGGUAUGAAGUCUCGGACAUGGGCAUCCAUGCAAUUGCACUCCUUUUUUGCCAUUGGAGCAGUGUUGGUGGCUUUGACAGCCUAUGUGGUCAGGACCUGGUGGCUUUAUCAGUUAAUCCUCUCCACAGUGACUAUCCCCUUUAUCAUGUGCUGUUGGAUACUUCCAGAAACACCUUUUUGGCUUCUCUCAAAGGGACGAUACAGAGAAGCACAAAAUGUAGUGGACAUGAUUGCCAGGUGGAAUGGAACACGUUCCUAUAAACUGUCAGAACUUUUAUCUCUGGAUCUAAGUGAGUUUACUCAUAAUAAGCCCUCUAAAACUGAGAAGCACAGCCUAUGUGAACUGUUUCGUGACUGCGAUAUUACAACAAGGACACUUAUUCUUUGGCUGGUGUGGUUCACGGCGAGUUUGGGAUUCUACACUCUCGCCUUGAAUACUUACAGUUUAGGAGGCAAUGAAUACUUAAACUUCUUCCUCUUGGGUUUAGCAGAAAUUCCUGCCUACACCUUGGUGUGCAUCUGCAUAGACAGGGUUGGGAGAAGAAACGCUAUGGUGUUUUUCCUCUUCUCCAGCUCCCUGACUUGCGGUCUGAUCGUAGUGAUCCCUCAGAAUUACUAUCCUUGGGGUUUGGUGGCAAGUUUGACUGGAAAGUUUGCCAUAGGGGCAGUGUUUGGCCUCAUUUAUCUUUAUACAGCAGAGCUGUAUCCAACCGUUGUGAGGUGUCUGGCUGUGGGCAGCAGCAGCAUGGUGUGCCGUGUGGCAAACAUCCUGGUUCCAUUCACCGUUUUCCUGAGCAGCAUUUGGAUCUUCAUACCACAGUUGUGUGUUGGGAUUUUGGCCUGUCUGAGUGGACUGCUAACAUUGAGUCUUCCGGAAACCUUCAGGAAGCCACUGGAAACUACUUGGAAGGAGCCUGAAAAACCGAAAUCAAUAAAAGAUAUCAGUUUAAGCACAUUACUUUCCACAACUACUAAUCUUGGGUUGGAAAAAAUAGAAGUAAUUAACUCCAGGGAUUCUGGUCUUGAGGAAUAAAUGUGCCAUAUGUGCUAUCUAGCACCUUAAAUAAUUGUCUAUGUUGAUGCCUUUGUGUUAGGGGAAUAUUAUUCUCAUCUCCUGCGUGCUGUAUGUCUUUUGAAACAAUUUUGUAAGAAAAUUUUAAACAUUU